UGACGCAGAAGCGCCGGACCGAGGCACGUGCGGCAGGGCUCCGAAGGGCUCUUCUUUCUCCUUCCUCGCGGGGAAAGGCGAUGGCUUUCCGGCGGAGAUCCUGGGCGCCUCUUCCUCCUCCUCCUGCCCUUCCUCCUCUCCUCCUUCUCCUUGGGACCUUCUCCUCCUGAAGGCGGUAUGGAGCGGGGCCUCUUCUGCCGGGCCCUCUACUGGCUCCUCCUGCCCCUCGCCCUCCUCGCCGCGUGCCUCUUCCGGUUCAAUGCCCUCUCCUUAGUCUACCUCCUCUACCUCCUCCUCUUGCCAUGGUUCCUGGGCCCCACGGAAUAUACUAUAAAAGGUCACACGGGGCGCCUCCUCCGAGCCCUUUUGGCCACCAGCAUCCUCUUCCUCCUUGCCCAUUUGACCUUCCAGAUAUGCCUCUACACAGUGCCUGGCUUGGACCAGCUGCUGGGAUACAACUGCAGCACAUGGGAAACCCUCGCUCAGCACAUUGGAGUCACAAGGCUGGACCUGAACGACAUCCCCAACUCGGUGCGGCUGGUGGCCCCCGACGUGGGCAUCCUGCUGGUCUCCGCCAUUUGCCUCGGUGUCUGCGGCCGCUUAGCGCCAUCACGCAAACCGGCACCCGGGAGCAGCCGGCGAUCCGUAUCUCAGCAGCUGCAGGAACAGGUGAGAGGCAGAGUUCUAUCUUAUCAAAGAAUCAGAGAAGGGAACCCCAAAGACCAUCCAGUCCAGCCCUCUUCUACUAAGCAGGAAGCUGUGCUUUCCAUCAUCCCUCCGCUUUCCGUCUUCUCUUCAUUCCUUCCGAAAGAGGGGGGUUUUGGGACCAGAGACACUUCUUUCCUGGCACCUUGGACCCGCUUGACUCACCGGCCUCCAAAGAAGGAGAAGAAGGAGGCUUCCCUCUCGCCUGGCCAAACCGAAGAAGCAGCGGUGGAUGAGGAGCCGGCGAAACCCCAAGACAUUUCCGAUGUUGCUGCUGAAGUCUCUCCGAGGCGGCAGGCUCCUCUAUCCGCCCGGCUCCGGGUCAAGGCCCAUUGGCUACUGAUGGCCAUGGGCAAGAUCUUGGCUGUUGCCUUGCUGGCUUUGGCAGGGAUCACCUUGCCCUCGGCCUUCUCUGCCAUCUAUUAUCUGCUCUUUGUGGGUCUUUGCACUUGGUGGGCCUGCCACUUCCCCGCCAGCCGCGUGGCCUUCAACGCCUUGUGCGUCAUGAUUGAUGUCUUCGCGGGCGGCCACCUCAUCUGCCUCUAUGGCUACCAGACCCCUUUCAUGCAGACAAUACUUCCCCCUGCUGGACUUUGGGCACGGUUGUUUGGUCUGAAGGCCAUCGUCCUGCAUGCGGGAUGCAGCAAACCCAAUGCGCUCCUCCUGGACCUUAGCUUGCCUUGGCCGGUCUAUGUCAACCCUGGGAUCCUGUUGCUGCUCUAUUACGUUCUGGCCACUUUGGUGAAACUCCGGAGGUCCCAUUCCUACAACCAGCGACGGGAUACCGAAAGCUCUUCCUCUGAACUGAUGGAGAUGGAGAACUGGUCCCUGGAACAAGAGGCUGUGGCUGGAGAUGCAACGCCCAUGUUGGUUUCUGAGACAGAGGCUUCUGGCACCGAUGCCGAGAAUUGUGCAGUCCAUGCAAUUGGGGAGCCUGAGCCGCUUGCCAACAAGAGACGGAAACGGCAGAAGGAGAAGCUGCAUCUGCUGCAUUCGCUGGGCCACAUCGUAAUGGACCAGAGCUACGUUUGCGCUCUCAUUGCCAUGAUGGUGUGGAGCAUCACCUACCACAGCUGGCUGACCUUCGUGCUGCUGCUCUGGGCCUGCCUCAUCUGGAUCGUGCGCAACCGGCACCAGUUGGCCAUGCUCUGCUCGCCCUUCAUCCUCCUCUACGGCGUGACCCUUUGCAGCCUCCAGUACGUCUGGGGCAUGGAUCUGGAGGCUGAGCUACCCACACGGGUGGGAUUCAUGCCCCUCCAGCAGCUGGGCCUGCGCACACCCCUCCGCCCCUGCCUGGACCUGGGGGCCAAGCUCCUUUACACUCUGACUUUCUGGCUCCUGGUGCGGCAAUUUGUGAAGGAGAAGUUGCUGAAAAAGAAGCAACCCACGCCCCCCUUGAAGGAGGUCACCGUUUUGGACUCAGGGCCUGCCCCCAAGCGGGACAUGCUGAAGACCCUGGGGGCCUAUGUGACAGGCUUCUUUGCCAAGUUCUGGAUCCUGGUUUGCGCCGGCAUGUUCAUUGUUGUCACCUUUGCUGGCCGGCUGGUGGUCUACAAGAUUGUCUACAUGUUCCUCUUCCUGCUGAGCCUCACCCUCUUCCAGGUUUACUACAGUCUUUGGAGGAAACUCUUGAAGGCCUUCUGGUGGCUGGUGGUGGCCUACACCAUGUUGGUGCUCAUUGCGGUCUACACCUUCCAGUUUGAGGACUUUCCCAUGUACUGGCGAAACUUCACAGGGCUGACGGAUGAACAAUUGGGAGACCUGGGUCUGGAGCAAUUCAGUGUCUCUGAACUCUUCUCCAGCAUCUUCAUACCGGGCUUCUUCCUCCUGGCUUGCAUCUUGCAGCUGCAUUAUUUUCACCGCCAGUUCAUGCGUGUCACGGAUCUGGAGCAUGUCCUUGCACCACAACACCAUGCGUUGGGUGAUGAAGACUUGAGCGGGAGCCGGAUUCUGCUCCAUUCGGAAGACGGAGAUGAAGCCGGAGACGGAGAGGCCAGGGAUGAAGUUCAGGAUGAAUCUGGAGAUGUUGUGCCCAGCAAGUGGGGCCUGGUGCUGGAGCGCUUAAUGGUCUUAGGAGGAACCUUUUCAGAUGUUUUGGGCCGACUCCGGGUCUUCGUAUUGCGUCUCCUCGAACUCCACGUCCUGAAGCUGGUGGCGCUUUACGUCAUUUGGGUGUCUUUGCAGGAGGUGUCAGUGAUGAACCUCCUGCUGGUGGUCCUUUGGGCGUUUGCCAUCCCAUACAGCAGCUUCUGCCACAUGGCCUCCUGCCUCUCCACCGUCUGGGUCUGCAUCAUCAUCGUCUGCAAGAUGCUCUACCAGCUGAACGUGGUCAACCCACAAGACUACUACAUAAACUGUACAAAGCCUCUGCUGAACAGCACCAACCUUUUGCUGGAGGAGAUUGGCAACUCCACGCUCUACAAGGGCCCCAUCGAUCCGGCCAAUUGGUUUGGCAUCCGGAAGGGCUUUCCCAACCUGGGUUACAUCCAGAAUCAUUUGCAGGUACUGGUGCUACUGGUUUUCGAGGCCAUCGUCUAUCGGUGCCAGGAAUAUUACCGGAAGCAGCACCAGUUGGUACCACCUUCGACCCAGGCGGUCUUUGAGGACGGCAAUCGCCAGAAUCUGGACAAAGGCCUGCUUUAUUGCAUCAAGUACUUCAUCAACUACUUCUACUACAAAUUUGGGUUGGAGAUCUGCUUCCUGUUGACGGUCAACGUGAUUGGGCAGCGCAUGAACUUCAUGGUCAUCUUCCACGGCUGCUGGCUGGUGGUCAUCUUGACCCGGCGCCGACGCCAGGCUAUUGCCAGGCUCUGGCCCAAGUACUGCCUCUUCCUGGCCCUCUUCCUCAUCUUCCAGUACCUCCUCUGUGUUGGCAUCCCUCCGGGUCUCUGCAAAGACUAUCCUUGGAGAUGGAGCCACGCCAUUCCCAUCAACUCUGUCCUCAUCAAAUGGAUGUAUUUACCCGACUUCUUCAUGAAACCCAAUUCCAUCAAUUUAAUGAGUGAUUUCUUGCUCCUUCUCGGUGCCUCCCAGCAAUGGAAGGUGUUUGUCAAUGAACAGACAGAGGAAUGGAGGCGCCUGGCCGGAGAUAACCAGGAACAGCUGGAAGGGCUGCGGGGGGAACCCAACCCAGUGCCCAACUUUGUUAAUUGCAGGUCUUACCUGGACAUGCUGAAGCUCUGCGUCUUCCGCUACCUCUUCUGGUUUGUGCUGGUCAUCGUCUUUGUGGCUGGCGCCAACCGCAUCAGCGUCUUCGGCUUGGGCUACUUGACAGCUUGCUUCUACCUGCUGCUCUUCGGGACGGUCCUGCUCCGGAAGCCCCUCCGCGCCCGGCUCUUGCUCUGGGACUGCCUCAUCAUCUACAACGUCACCGUCAUCAUCGUCAAGAACCUGCUUGCGCUCCUGUCCUGCGUCUUUGUCCAGCAAAUGCAGAACAACUUUUGCUGGGUGAUCCAGCUCUUCAGUUUGGCCUGCACCGUCAAGGGCUAUUAUGACCCCAAGGAUCUGAACAAGAACCAGGACUGUGCGCUGCCCGUGGAAGAAGCCGGCAUUAUUUGGGACAGUAUUUGCUUCUUUUUCUUGCUCCUCCAGCGCAGGGUCUUCCUCAGCUACUAUUUCCUCCAUGUUGCAGCCGACCUCCAGGCCUCGGCCUUGCAAGCAUCUAGGGGCUUUGCCCUUUACAAGGCCAGGAUGAUCAAGUGGAUGAGCUCCCAUCACCAAGCAGAGAAGAAAUCCUUGGACCAACUCAAGCGACAGAUGGAGCGGAUCCGGUCCAAGCAGGAGAAGUACCACCAAGGACAACUGGCAGCGGAGCAGACUCCGGAGACAGAUCAAACAGAAACAGGCUCCAAAAAGGACCAGAGGAAGCGCUGGUGGCGUCCGUGGCUUGACCACGCCGCAGUGUUGCACUCGGGAGAUUACUUCCUCUUUGAGACGGACAGCGAGGAAGAUGAGGAGUCAGUCCUGGAUGACCAGAAGCCGCCCAAGCAGAGUGCUUUCCAGCUGGCCUAUCAGGCCUGGGUGACCAACACCAAGUCAGCGUUGCACGAACGGGAGAAGCAAGAGAAGGAGCAGGAGGCCUUAGAGGAAGCCAAAGGGGAGGACAGCAAAGGGGGCGUCCGGCGUGGCCCAUUGAAGGACAGGACCAGCAGCCAAGAGGAGGAGGAAGAAGAAGAAGGAGAACAGGAUGAAGAAGAGGAAGAAACAUCUCCUGGGAAGAGUAACGUGCUGCAGCGGGUUCUUAACGUGCUCCGCUUCCUGUGGGUACUGUGCCAGGCCACCAUGGAUGGACUGACCCAAUGGCUACGGGCCCUUACUAAGGAACAUGAGGAGUUGUCCACCGUUUUGGGGCUAGAGAGAUACGUCCUCACCCAACAGUUGGAUCAGGCAGAAGAGGUUCAGAGGAGCGGCCUGGACAGAUUGUACCAACCAGUAGCGGCAGACCAGGCCUCAGUGGAUACCGCACUGCCGGGUACAGCAGCAGGGUCUCCCAACAGCACAGCUUCCAGUGUGGGUGAAGCUGUGGAAGUGCUUAGCACCGACACCACCGGCUAUGACACCCGAAGCAACAGCAACGAGCGGAGCCCUGAAUUCGAGUCCCAGGAUGGCAUGGUGCUCCUUCUUCCCAGCAGCUCCCAAGAACUCCUGGCCGAAUCCGUGACCCGACCCCGAACUGCAAGCGAGUUGCUCCGGAGCAGGCACGUCUCCUUCAAAGAGCUUGAGGAGUCGGAGCGCUUCUACCAAUCCCGUAACCGCUUGGUGCGGCUCCUGCUGGCCUGUUACCACUUUUUGGCCGGCCAUUCGGACCUCCUGUGCUACUUCAUCAUCAUCCUCAACAACAUGGUGACAGCCUCGGUGGUCUCGGUGGUGCUUCCCAUCCUGGUCUUCCUGUGGGCCAUGCUCUCCAUCCCCAGGCCCAGCAAGCGCUUCUGGAUGACAGCCAUUGUCUACACGGAGGUGAUGGUGGUGGUCAAGUAUCUCUUCCAGUUUGGCUUCUUCCCUUGGAACAGCUACAGCAUCUUGGUGCGCAAUGACGCCAAGGCCUUUUUCCCACCCAGAAUCCUUGGCGUGGAGAAGACUGACAACUACAUCAAGUAUGAUCUGAUCCAGCUGAUGGCCCUCUUCUUCCACCGAUCCUUACUCCUGAGCUAUGGCUUGUGGGACCACGAGGAAGAUGUCUUAGCCAAACCUGUGCCCGAGGCAGUAGAGCCACCGGCUUCAAUGCCAAGCGGAGAGGGACCUGGAGCAGAGACUGAUGCCCAAGUCCCACCUGGCAAGACAGAAACGGCAGCGGUUCCAGAGGCAGGGACGUCAAAAGGGAUCCGGUCGCGGUUCAGGAAGAAAAAGAAGGAGAAGAAGAAAGAGAAGGAGGAGAACAAGGCAGUGGAGGAAGAAGUGACAGAAGCCCCAGAAGAGCAAGAAAAGAAACAAGAGACAGAGGAAGGAGAGGAGAAGAAGUCAAGCCCAUCCCAGGAAAAGCUGAAGGCCGCUGGACGGAGAGCGAAGCACUUCUUUGCCUCUGCGGCAGGAUGUGUCUUCCAGCCGUUGCGGCAAUUUUUCAAGGACAUUUUGCACAGCAAAUACCGGGCUGCCACAGACGUCUAUGCGCUCAUGUUCCUGGCCGACGUGGUCGACUUCAUCAUCAUCAUCUUCGGUUUCUGGGCUUUUGGGAAACAUUCGGCUGCCGCUGAUAUCGCCUCCUCACUUUCGGAAGACCAGGUCCCACAGGCCUUCCUGGUGAUGCUGCUCAUCCAGUUCUCCACCAUGGUCAUCGACCGGGCCCUCUACCUCCGCAAGAGCGUCCUGGGCAAACUCGCCUUCCAGGUCUUCUUGGUCUUCGGCAUCCAUGUCUGGAUGUUCUUCAUCCUUCCUGCGGUCACCGACAGGAUGUUUAACAUGAAUACUGUGGCCCAGCUGUGGUACUUUGUGAAAUGCAUCUACUUUGCUCUGUCGGCCUAUCAGAUCCGCUGCGGCUACCCCACGCGCAUCCUGGGCAACUUCCUCACCAAGAAGUACAACCACCUCAACCUCUUCCUCUUCCAAGGGGACCUGGGCAAAGGAGGGACAGUGGAGUACACCUCUGAGAAGCACACCAUGGAUCUGAACCAAAGCAGUGCUGUGCGCAGGAGUCUGGCUGGGCUGCUGGAAGGCACCCACAAUGCCUCUGUCCAAAAGGUAUGGAUACAUACAGUGUCAAAUCCCAAGAACAUCCUUGUAAACAACAAAAGAAUAUGUUGCCAACUUCUUUCUCUGAGUUUCAAUGGUGCUCCCAGAUCAUCGUUAUUAAGCUCUCCUGCAUCCUAUCCUUUCCUUCAGCCCCUGUUUACCAUGAGUGCCCAGCAGCAGUCGAUUGUACCCUUCACCCCGAAGGACUACGAGGCUUUGACUGACAAGUUUGUGCGGCAGCCGCUGGCCAUGCAAUUCAUCACCCUCUACGGCUACGAGGACAUUGUGACGGCGCGCAUCGAGGGCAAUUCGGGCUCAUUGUGGAGCAUCAGUCCUCCCAGCCGGGAGCAGCUGAGGCAGGAGCUGCAGAACGGCUCUUCAGACAUUACGCUGCGCUUUACGUGGAAUUUCCAAAGGGAUCUGGGCAAAGGAGGGACGGUGGAAUACACUUCUGAGAAGCACACCAUGGAUUUGAACCAAAGCAGUGCCGUGCGCAGGAGUCUGGCUGGGCUGCUGGAAGGCACCCACAAUGCCUCUGUGAGGAUUCCCCACCUCUUCCCCCCCUACAUCCGCGCCCCCAAUGGUCCUGAAGCCAAUCCAGUUGAGCAACUGCUACCAGAUGAAGAGGACAGUUAUCUAGAUGUUGCGGUGCAGUUGAGGCGGCAGCGGAUUGGGGCCGGGAAUGUCAGCGCCAGUUUUGUCGAAUGGUGGGUCAUCCAACUGGCCGACUGCCAGCACGACUGUGACAUCCUCCCAAUGCUCAUCUUCAACGACAAAGUCAGUCCACCGAGCCUGGGCUUCCUGGCAGGAUAUGGGAUCAUGGGCCUUUACGUCUCCAUCGUGCUGGUGAUCGGGAAGUUUGUGCGGGGCUUCUUCAGCGAGAUCUCGCACUCCAUCAUGUUCGAGGAGCUGCCCUGUGUCGACCGCAUCCUCAAGCUGUGCCACGACAUCUUCCUGGUCCGCGAGACGGGAGAGCUGGAGCUGGAGGAGGAGCUCUACGCCAAGCUCAUCUUCCUCUACCGCUCACCAGAGACCAUGAUCAAGUGGACAAGGGAGAAGGAAUGAUGGGGAGGAAACCAAGCUACCCAAAACCUACAAAGGGCGGUGCUAAGAAACCCACCUUCUCCCCUGUUUUCUCAAUAAGGACUUGGUGAGAUUGCUGAGUCAAUCUGUUUAGGAUUCUCUCCUAGGAGCUGCUGGACUUCAAACUUUCCCUUGCUUACAAUUCAGUGGGGCUUUUGGGGAGGGAUCCCUGUAGCCUCACUGCUUUGGCAGAAGGGCAAAGACACUGUCACUUUCUGAAACAAAAUUAUCCCCUCCUAUUUUUAAGGACACAAAAAGGAAGGAAACAGACACUUCUCUCCCUUUCAGUCCAAAGCCCUAGCUUGCUUCCUCCCUAAAGCACAAGAAGAGGGAAGGCUAUGGUUUGGAGUUCCUUCCCACAGGACAUUGGUUAGAAGCCCCAGUGCCUUUGCACAGCAAUAAUGAACUUGCGCCUCGAUCCCUGAUGCAAAGGGCACAGGAUUUCUGUCACUCCACAUGCUGCCACACCAAAAAGCACUCCCUGCUAUACUGUACCUUCCUCCGCUGCCUUGCAAUUUGGGUGCCAUGGUAUAGGCCCCACUCAAGUGCCAAACUGCAGGGCAGGAAAAUGGACGGUUGGAUUCUAUAGACUUUUCUAAAAGAAGUGGUUUUAUUUAUACAGAUCUCUAUAAUAAUAAUAAUGAAAAUGAAAAUAAAUAAAAAGCUGUGAUUACAAAUGAUAA